CUUUGUGUUUGACCAAACUGAGCCUCACAAAGUGCUGACAUUACUGUCUAGCAGAAAGGCAACUGAAAUAAGCAGAAAACAUCUGUAAACGUUUCUGAUAUCUGAAUUUUGGGGGGCUACUUUGAAAAGCAAGAAAUGGGAUCAUCAUCUUUACAAAUCUCUGCAUUGCUUCUGGCUUUGGCGGGGCUCAUCAUUUUACUUGUUACAACUGUGUCCAACAAAUGGAAAAUUUCCAGCACUGCAACAGCAGUUAUUACUGCAAACUGGAUUUACGAAGGCCUCUGGAUGAACUGUGCAGCUACUGCCUUGGGUUCGGUUCAGUGCAAGAAAUUUUUCUCCCUGCUGAGUUUAGACACUUACAUACAAGCAUGUCGUGCCCUGAUGAUCAUUUCCAUCGUCUUGGGUCUCUUGGCUACUGUGCUGUCAUUGUUUGGUUUAAAGUGCACACAAGUUGGGAUGAGUAAUGAAAACACAAAAGUAAAGAUUUCUGUAACGGGGGGAGCGAUCUUCAUUUUAGCAGGACUCUCUUCCAUGGUGGCUGUUUCUUGGUAUGCUGCAAGGAUUACUGCUCAGUUUUUUGACCCACUGUAUGGUGGAACGAAGUAUGAACUAGGAGAUGCACUGUACUUAGGCUGGGCUGGAUCGAUUCUGUCUAUGCUUGGUGGGAUCUUCUUGACUUGUUCAUGCAAAGGGGGAAAAAGAGGAAAGCACAGCGACCGCAAGUAUGACUACUCCGCUGGCCAGGCAGCUCGUCAGCCACGCAUUUACACCAAAAAUUCAGAUACAGUCAGAACAGCCAAAGAUUAUGUGUAAACUCUUCUUUUAUUUUGUAAUUGUUUGUACGUUAACAUCUUGUCAAUCCAAAUAAAAAGAGAAACUAAUUUUUGA